AUGGGUGAACGGAAGGUCCUAAACAAGUACUACCCACCGGACUUCGAUCCGUCGAAGCUCCCGAAGAUGAAGAAGUUCAACAAGCCCGGGGAGCAGAUGGUGGUGCGCAUGAUGCAGCCCUUCAGCCUUCAGUGUCUUGGGUGCGGCUCGUUCAUCUACAAGGGGACGAAGUUCAACUGCCGGAAGGAGGACGUGAUCGGCGAGGACUACCUCGGCAUCCAGAUCAUCCGCUUCUACUUCCGGUGCCUCACGUGCGGCAACGAAAUCACGUACAAGACAGAUCCAAAGAACGGGGACUACGUCUGCGAGCACGGCGGGAAGCGCAACUACGAGCCGUGGCGGGAGAACGAAAUGAAGAAGCGGCUGAUGGAGGAGCGGCGGACCGCGGAGGAGAAGGGCGACUCGAUGCGGGCGUUGGAAAACCGAACGAAGGACAGCAAGCGCGAAAUGGACCUCAUGGAGGCCAUCGACGAGAUGCGGACGCUCAAUAACCGCCGGAACAAAAUCGACCCCAUCGAGGCCAUCAACAUCCUGCGCCGGCAGGACGCCGCGCGCGAGGGCGCGGACGGGGCCGCGCCUGCGAUGCCCGAGGAGGACGAAGACACGAUUCGAAGAAUGUUGGAGGAGCAGAAGAAAGCGUUGAUGACGCGGGUCGACAGUGGGAGCGACAGCGAGGAAGCGAUGCCGCCGCCGAAGCCGCGGGCGCCGACGGCGGCGGCGCGGGCCGGCGACCCGCUGAAGCCGGAGGGGGGAGUGAAGAAGCCCGCGAGCAGCAAACCUCGGAUCGUGGUGAGAAAGAAGCAAGACGGGGCGGACAAGGCGGGCGACGAGGACAGCGGCGGGGCGCCGGCAGCGUUAGGCCUGCUGGGCAGCUACGGCAGCGAAAGCGACUGA